AUGUCGACCUCACUCAACACAACGGACCCUAGUGCGGGCACUGCUGAGAAGUCCGAAGGCAUUAGUUUGGUCGCCUUUUGUACAUCUCUGGCGGCUGCUUCUAUAUCUUUCGGCGUCCAGACAGCUCUGUUCCUGCUUUUGCGGCAAAAGUUGGCCAGAAUUUUCAAGCCCAAGACUUAUCUCGUACCCGAACGCGAACGGACGGAUCCGCCACCAGAAAGUCCAUGGGGUCUAGUAAAUGCGCUCAUGCGCUUCAAAGACCGGGAGAUUAUGAACAAGUGCGGCCUCGAUGCCUACUUCUUUCUGCGCUACUUACAGACAUUAUUGAUCAUCUUUAUUCCCAUGGCUGUCAUCAUCAUUCCUAUUCUGAUCCCGAUCAACUACGUUGGCGGCAUUGGCCAGGAUGUUACAAUCAACACUACCGACACCGAUAACUCUAACAAUGCAAACGUUACCGGACUGGACACACUUGCUUGGGGCAAUGUGCGAUCGACUAAGACUCACCGCUACUGGGCUCAUCUCAUCUUGGCCGUUAUGGUCAUUCUUUGGGUGUGCGGCGUGUUUUUCGCCGAGAUGCGAGUCUUCAUCAAGAUCCGCCAGGACUGGCUCACAACAGCCGAACAUCGUCUACGGGCUUCGGCAACGACUGUCCUGGUUAGCUCCAUCCCAGACAAGUGGAUUUCCGAGGAAGCUCUGCGAGGUCUAUUCGACGUGUUUCCUGGCGGCAUUCGAAACAUUUUCCUCACACGUGACUUGACGCCGCUGCUGGAGAAAAUCAAGCAGCGUGACAAGAUUCACAAAAAGCUUGAAGGUGCUGAAACAGAGCUGAUCCGUGAGUGCAAAAAGAACCAGCUCAAGAAAAGAGAGGCCGAGGAAAAGAAAGCGCGAAGAGAGACCAAGACCAAGAGACCGACCAAGGUGGAGAAGGCACAACGACAACAAGCAGAAGAUGCUGCUGCCAAGCUGCAAGCCGAGAGUGGUGCUGGCGCCAGUAGCGGCGAUCACCACGAGGUUCCUCACGAUAUCCACCAAGGACUAGAAGAAGCACACGAGAUUGAAGAGCAGAGCGGUGAACAUCACGAUGCCAACGAGGGCCGUCCAUCUCGCGACGAAGGUGGUAUUCUGGGCAUCCCGGUCUUGGGCACCGGACUAUCUAAGUUGACACACGGUUUUGGCCGAGGAGCUGAUGCUGUGGGCAGGACGGGGCAGGGAAUCUUGGGCGGUGCCAGAAAUGUCGCUGGUCAGCUUGACCAUCAGAUUGAGACGACGAAUGGCUUUGUGACGACGAUAGCACCAUUCAGGCCUUCAAACGACCGCCGCCAUGUUAGACUCCCUAGUGGCGAGGACUAUCCCCGGCCAUCUACUGCUUACUCUGAAACGCACAGAGACAUGUACAAUGCGCCCACCAACACAACCGCUUCGGCGCCCCUUACGCAUUCGCGAAACGUGUCGGUCAACUCUCAGGGAAAUGCUACCAACAAGGACAGUAUCGAGAUGAGGAAUUUUGGCAACACGACUCGAAAGGCUAGCAACCUGGACGACAUGUAUAUCAAUGAGAAAGCUCGAUGGUUUCAGUUCUGGAAGCCUCCAUCUGGCGGGUUCGCUUCGCCCAUCCCCCAGCGUGCCGAUGAUGUCGAGUUUCCUUUUGAGGAAAAGUCUGGCUGGCAAAAAUUCAAAGAUUCCCUUCCUUUCAUCGGAAAAAAGGAUGAGGAAGAACCGUAUGAAUAUGCCAAGGCGUACGACGACGAGUUCAAAGACGAUGGCGGCGAGGGCCAGCCUGAGUGGGAGAAGUGGAUGAAGAAAAAGGAUCGACCGACUCAUCGUCUGGCAAGAUUCGACUGGACACCCGAUUUUCUUCCAGGGCUUCCCUUCAUAAGCAAAAAGGUGGACACCAUUUAUUGGUGCAGAGAGGAGCUAGCCCGACUGAACCUUGAGAUCGAGGAGGACCAAAAGCACCCGGAGCGUUUCCCCUUGAUGAGAUCUGCCUUUAUUCAGUUCAAUCACCAGGUUGCUGCUCACAUGGCCUGCCAAAGUGUGAUCCAUCACGUACCUCGCCAGAUGGCCCCACGAACAGUCGAAAUCUCGCCAAACGACGUUAUCUGGGAUAACAUGGCCAUGAGUUGGUGGUCCGAAUGGCUCCGCACUGCUGUUGUUAUUGUUGUUGUCGCUGGCAUGAUCAUUCUCUGGGCAAUUCCUGUCUCGUUCACCUCGACAAUCUCGCAGAUCGACUCGCUGAUCGACACGUAUCCUUGGCUCGGUUUUUUGAAGGAUAAUGAAGUUGUGUACAAGGCUGUUCAGGCUCUUGCCGGUGUUCUUCCCGCCGUUCUGCUGGCUGUUCUACUUCUCCUUGUUCCCAUCAUCAUGGAUCUGCUCGCAGGCUUUAAAGGAGCCAAGACCGGAUCCCAAAAGACGGAAACAGUGCAGCUCUUCUACUUUCCUUUCCUGAUUGUCCAGGUCUUCUUUGUGGUUUCACUGGCGUCUAGCAUUACGAAUGUUUUAGGCGACUUGGCCCAAGACCCAGGCAGCAUUGCAGAUGUUCUGGCCACGUCGCUACCGAAGGCGGCCAACUAUUUCUUCUCAUACAUGAUUCUGCAGGCUCUGAGUACAAGCGCGGGUACCUUGCUGCAGGUUGGCGCCCUCAUCAACUGGUACAUCAUUGCCAAGAUUACCAAUAACACUGCACGGAACAAGUGGACCACAAACACGAAACUUCCAAGUGUCAAAUGGGGCUCGUUCUUCCCUGUCUACACCAACUUUGCUUGCAUUGGUCUCAUUUAUUCGGUUAUAGCACCGUUGAUCUCGAUAUUCGCAAUUAUCACGUUUAGUUUGCUGUGGAUUGCUCAUCGAUACACCAUGCUGUACGUCAACCGGCUGACAGUUGAUACUGGUGGCGUUCUGUACCCACGAGCGCUCAACCAAACAUUCACUGGGCUCUACGUCAUGGAGAUUUGCCUCAUUGGAUUGUUCUUCAUAGUACAGGACGAAUUCGGCAAAUUGGCGUGCACGCCACAAGCAAUUAUCAUGAUUGUGGUGACAAUCUUGACAGCCCUUUACCAGUAUCUACUCAACUACUCAUUCGGCCCGCUUUUCCGUUACUUGCCCAUCACAUUUGAGGACGAAGCUGUCCUUCGAGAUGAGGCAUUCCAACGAGCACAAGACCGUCGUUUGGGAUUGAUCGAAGAAAGCGAAGAUGGCGAGGUAUCCGACAAGGAGAGACUGGCAGCUCAUCCUCAUCGUGGUAGCCUCCAUCAAAACGGCAUGGAUGGAGCAGGAGAGAAGCACCGCAAGGGUAAUAAGUUUACAAACUUUGCGCCUGUGAAGGGUCUUACGCACGCAGGAUCACUGGCCAUAAGAGGCACCAAAGUGAUCAAGGAUCAAACCUAUGGCAGAGCUGAGCAAAGCGUCAAAACUGCGACCAAAUACAGAGAAGAACGCCGGAAGAAGGAUUUGGAAGCUCAACGCGCGAUUGGCGAAGCGCUCUAUGGUGGUUACCACGACGAAAUCGAGGAUUUGACCCCAGAAGAGAGAGAUGUGCUUGUACAGCACGCAUUCAAGCACGAAGCUCUUCGUGCUCGCCGUCCUACUGUCUGGAUUCCAAUGGACGAUCUGGGCAUCAGCGAGGAUGAGAUCAAUCGCACGAAUCAAUUCAGCGACCACAUCUGGAUCUCGAAUGAGGGUACUGCUCUGGACAGCAAGGUCCGCGUGGUGUACGGCAGAGCGCCACCCGACUUUAGCGAGCUGGACCUGAUCAACCUGUAG